AUGGCAUCUAACAUUUCUAGACCAAAUACGCCAUGGACGUGGGCGUUCCUGAUCGCGGCACUGUUACAAGCCGUGAUUGUUCUAGCCAGCGAAUCAUAUAUCUUUGCAAAAUUCCAAGGGAGUCUCGAAUCCCAUAAACCAGCCACUGCCCUUUCGAAGACAAUUCCAGUAUACCUCACUCUCUUCAUAUUCGGUUUCCUUUACCAAUUAGUCCUCGUCUACGACUCCCUGCGACUCAAGAACACAAUUCAGGUCCUCGGGCUUUGCUGUUACAAUUGUGGCAUGUUAAUCUACGCCUCUAUUGAAUAUGAUCAGGUAAACAAGGCCAUUCAGAAGUUGGAGGAAAACGGCUACGUCAAGCCUGAUACGCGUGUCUGGACGGAUAUCCAGCCGUUCCUGGUGGCAGGCCCUUGUAUAAUUGCACUGUUCACCGUUGCCCUGUCCGUUAUUGCCUGGAAAUUGUACGACGAGUUCGCAUGGACAAUUUACAAGCACAUCAGCGCAGAUCUCCGAAUGAAGCGUCGUUAUUUGACUUUCCAGAUUUACAUCGCUCUGCUGAAGUUUGAUUUCUUCUUUUUCCUCGGCUUCACAGUCCAAUUCCUGGUAGUCGUGACCGGAUUAGCAGGAGCAGAAUUUGGUCUAACAAUCGCCGCCAUCCCCGUAACAGUGCUCAUUCUCUUCAUGGCCGCUUUCUGGACCCGCCGCGAGAACAAGUUCGGAAUGGUCGUCACCAUCUUCCUCUUCUUCUGCGGGCUGGCAUACUUCAUCUUCAAGCUGGCCAGAAUGUACCAGCCCAGCCAUGAAAUAAACUACAUCCCCGUCCGAAAGAGUUUGACGAGUUUCGCCGCUAUCACGAUUGUCCUGAUCAUCCUGACAAUCAUCAACGCCUGCGUAUGCACAGCGAAUUUCGGGAUGGGAUUGAAGCCGCACAUCAUGAAGAGGAGGGUCAACAGCGAUGUGGAGAAGACGGAUAAUAUGACCGAGCUGCCAGACAUGAAGCACGGCCCCGUCUCGAGCCGUAUGACCAUCGAUUAA